AAUGUUGAGUUGUAUGUUUGCAGGAUUGUAACCAGCACAGAGGGAGAGUAUGCACUGGUCAAGGGUGAUGAGAUGCUGGACUUGCUGGAGGACUUGCGAGCAGAGAUCUUCACCGAGUGGUGUGGCAGUGUGUGACAACUGAAGGAUGUAAUGUUGAGUUGUAUGUUUGUAGGAUUGUAGCCAGCACCGAGGGAGAGUAUGCACUGGUCAAGGCUGAUGAGAUGCUGGACUUGCUGGAGGACUUGCGAGCAGAGAUCUUCACCAAGUGGUGUGGCAGUGUGCCGGAAAUAUGCAACACGAGCCUGGCCAAGACUCUGCUCCUCGUGGAUCCUGACAGCCGCUUGCUGCAACUCAAUUUUGACAAGGAGCUGGAAGCCGCACUGAGGGAAGUGCGCUUCAUGAAGAUGAUUGGCGUGGAAGUAGUACCAGAGGAGGCGCAGGAACUGUUUGACCGUAUGGAGCAGCUUUGGCAGUUCACUUACAACUUGGGCCUCGUCAUCGGGUGGUAUAACAAAAUGAGACAAGAUAGCAAAGCAGAGGAGUUCAACUUGGUGGAAGACGAGGUUUUAGCAAUAGACGACCUCAUUGACGAGGCGCAAAGUAUUCUGACAUGGACCUCUCCCAAUGCUUGGGAUUACAUUGAGCGAAUCAGAGACAAUGUUGAACAGUUGGCGAAUCGGGUGUUGAAAGCGCAACAGAAUCUAGCGAGAAUCAUAAGCCUUGUCAAUGCUUGGAGCGACUCGCCACUCUUCAGUCGUCACAACAUGAACAAAGACAAUCUGCUGGCGUUGGAUGAGGCUCCAGAGAGAGUUUCAAAAAGAUAUGCUGAAAUAUACCAGACGGGAAUAGAGGUUAACAAACUGGUGACAGAGAACUUCCGAUUGUUCUUUAACAUCCCUCUAAGGGUUGCGCCGCAGAAGGCGCAGGAAGAGGAGGGUGUGGAGGACGAACUUUAUGAGGAUCUUCCCAUGCCACCCAAGGUGGACGGGGAAGAAGAAGAAGAAAAGCCGGCACCAUCUGGAGAAGAAGAAAAGCUGGCACCCACUGGAGAAGAAGAAAAGCCGGCACCCACUGGAGAAGAAGAAAAGCCCUCACCCACUGGAGAAGAAGAAACCACUGCUGUGGAACAUGUUACAGCUGAAAAACCGAAAGAUGAAGAAGAAACGCCCGUGGACGCUGAGACUGGUGAAACCCCUACUGUGCCAGCUGGUGAUGUUGAGGAGGGGAUGACACCUGCUGUGGAGGGGGAGGUAGAGGGAGAAGUGAAAACCGAGGUUGCCGAGGAGGGGGUACCUAUCGGGUCACCUAAGCCUUCCGUCAAGUCUAAACCAUCCAAAGAAGUCAAAGAAGAGACACUGCAGACUAAAACAUCGAAAGUCUCCCAACCUCCAGACAAAGUGUCCGAAAAGAAAUCUGAGGAAGUAAAAGAAGUUAAAAUUGUAGAGAAUACCAAAGGGUCCCAGGUGAGGAAGGGCUCGGUAUCGCCUAGGAAGAAAGGGAAAGAUAAAGGAAAGAAGAAGAAGAAAGAGUCUGUGGCUCCUCCUCAAGUGGAAAUACCUGUAGUCCUUACUAUGUCUGAAGAGAUGAUCCAAACAGUUGUUGAUGACAAGGAGAAGUUGGCGAAGUGGAACGCGUAUUUGGACAUGGUCGAUGACGAGGUUCUUAAUGGGCUGUCAAAGGCUGUGGAUUGUAGCCUGGGACUGUUUGUGGACGAGAUGAGUCUGGUGUCAGACAAAGCUCCGUUGUUUGAAGUCCUCCUGGAGUUACAACACAGGGACAUUGUGUUCGUCCCUUCGCUGGACUUUGAAGCGGACGACGCUCACUCCUUCUACAGCAUAGUCCAGGGCUUGCUGGAGGACAUUGUGCACAUGGCCAUCAAGAUACCACGAGUAUCUUACAACCGGCUGGAAAACACGUACAUGGACAACAUAAUUGAAUCGGAAGAUGUAGCUUCAAUGAAAACGAAAACGAUGGAAAAAGUUAAAAUCGCUUCAAUAAAGGCGAUAGAAUACUCGUCGAUGUUUGAAGAGUACAACUACCUCUGGCUGGACGACCGUCAGUUGUACUUGGAACAGUUCUUGAAGUACGGCCACAAUUUGUCGUCCGAGGAGGAACUUAUGGAGGGAAAAUACAACGAAGAAGGGGUUGCAUUGUUGAAAGAGAGCCCGCCAAAACUGGUCCAGUUUAAACAGCAGAUUGAUGAAUACGAAGACCUCUACAAAGAACUGUCGAAGAUUGAUAACCAAAGGAUAUUUGACACUUGGUUGAGAGUAGACGUCAAACCGUUUAAGCAAGCUCUGCUCAACACAGUGUGUAAAUGGGGCAACAUGUUUAAACAACAUCUAGUGGAUCAUGUGAUCAACAGUCUGAUAGAGCUGAGAGACUUUAUCAAGGAGGCGGACGAGCAGCUGAGCAAACCGCUGGUGGAGGGAGACUACGAAGCUCUAGUGACCAUCAUGAGUUAUCUGCGCAAAGUCAAAGAUCGUCAGGUAGAAACCGACAACAUGUUCGAACCUCUUCGAGACAUCAUUGAGAUGGUCAAACAGUACGAUAUGGAGUUUCCAGAGGAAACCUAUCUUCUUCUGCAGGAGCUGCCAGGCCGAUGGGUCAACACCAAGAAGCUGGCGGUUGGUAUGAAAGCCGCAGCAAUGCCACUGAUGCAGGCGGAGGCCAAGACGAUCCGCAGCAGACUAGCGCUGUUUGAGUUCCUGCAAAAACAGUACCAGGAGACGUUCAGGAGGAGCGCGUUCUUCAAGUGGGGUUGUGAUGAUGUGUAUAGAGAAAUUGACAAAGCCAACAUAGAUAUAACCAAGCUGGAAGAAUCCAUAGACAAACUGGUCGAACAGGCUAUACUUUUUGAAGUGAUUGUGCCUGAGUUUAAAAUAAUCAAGACUGUCAGAAAGGAGCUUAAAAUGGCUAAGGUCCUUUGGGAUUACAUAUUGAUUGCCCUGGCUUGGAUACGAGACUGGGAAGGCACUCCUUGGAAGAAAAUUGACAGCGAAACGAUGGAUUUGGAACUGAAGAAGUUUGCAAAGGAAAUCAGAAUGUUGGACAAAGAGAUGAGAGUGUGGGAUAUUUACAUACAGUUGGAGGCUGUCAUUAAGAACAUGAUCACUGCGUUGAGGGCUGUGACGGAGCUGCAGAACCCGGCACUGCGCGACCGUCACUGGCGGCAACUCAUGGAGGCGGCUAAGAUGAAGUUUAUGGUGGACGACAAGACGACGUUGGCCGACUUGCUGGCUCUCCAGCUGUACAAGAUAGAGGACGAGGUGAAGACCAUCGUAGACAAGUCUGUGAAGGAGUUGUCCAUGGAGAAGACUCUGGCAGAGAUGACUCACACCUGGGCCACCAUGGAGUUUGAGUAUGAAGUCCAUCCGAGGACCAGCUGCAAGAUACUGAAAGUCAGCGAGGAGUUGGUGGAAAUACUCGAGGACAAUCAGGUCCAACUGCAGAACAUGAUGAGCUCCAAGUUCAUCGCUCAUUUCCUAGAGGAGGUGUCGGACUGGCAACGGAAGUUGUCCAACGCAGACCAGGUGAUCCACAUCUGGCUGGAGGUCCAACGGACUUGGAUGCAUCUGGAGUCCAUCUUCAUAGGUUCCGAGGACAUCCGCAAACAACUCCCGGAGGACUCUCGGAGAUUUGACGCCGUCGAUAAGGAGUUCAAGGUUCUGUUGGACGACAUGGCGAAAACUCCCAACGUUGUGAAAGGAACAAAUAAACAUAAAUUGUUUGAAAAGCUGGAAGCUCUACAGGCAGAGCUAGUGAAGUGCGAGAAGGCUUUGGCAGAAUAUCUGGAGACAAAGAGGCUUGCGUAUCCUCGCUUUUACUUUGUCUCCUCCGCAGAUCUGCUGGACAUAUUGUCUAACGGAAACCAGCCUGAACUGGUGUGCAAACACUUGCCCAAACUGUAUGAUUCAAUCGCCAGACUGAAGUUCAUCCAGGAAGGUGGCAAGACUACCAAGACAGCCAGAGGAAUGUUCGCCAAAGAUGGAGAAUAUGUUGAGUUUAGCGCUAACUGUGAUUGUAGCGGUCAGGUGGAGAAGUGGUUGAACAACGUGACGGACGCAAUGAGAGCCACGGGUCGGUCGUACUUCUCCGAAGCCGUGGUCACUUACGAUGAGAAGCCGAGGGAGCAAUGGCUGUUUGACUACCCGGCGCAGUGUGCGUUGUGCGGCACGCAGAUCUGGUGGACCACCGAGGUCAACAUGGCCUUUGCGAGACUUGAGGAGGGCUACGAGAACGCUCUCAAAGACUACCAGAAGAAACAGAUAAGUCAGCUGAACACUCUGAUUGGUUUGCUCCUGGGAGACCUGACCAGUGGAGACAGACAGAAGAUCAUGACCAUCUGCACCAUAGACGUACACUCACGUGAUGUGGUGGCCAAACUGAUACAACUCAAGGUGGAGACUAGUGCAGCCUUCCAGUGGCAAUCCCAGCUCAGACACAGGUGGGAUGUGAAGGUCAACGAUUGUUUUGCCAACAUCUGCGACGCCCAGUUCCGCUAUGACUACGAGUACCUCGGCAACACUCCGCGUCUCGUCAUCACGCCACUCACAGACAGAUGCUACAUUACACUCACACAGUCCUUACAUCUGAUCAUGGGUGGAGCACCAGCUGGGCCUGCAGGGACUGGAAAGACGGAGACUACCAAAGAUCUCGGAAAGGCCAUCGGCAUCAUGGUCUACGUGUUCAACUGUUCUGAACAGAUGGACUACAAGUCGUGUGGCAACAUUUACAAGGGUCUAGCACAGACGGGAGCCUGGGGCUGUUUUGACGAGUUCAACCGCAUCUCGGUAGAAGUGUUGUCUGUGGUCGCAGUGCAAGUCAAGUGUGUUCUGGACGCCAUCAAAGCCAAGAAGACCAAGUUCAAUUUCCUCGGAGAGCUGAUUGCGCUCGUACCGACAGUCGGAAUGUUUAUCACCAUGAAUCCUGGAUACGCCGGGCGGGCUGAGCUACCGGAGAAUCUGAAAGCACUUUUCAGGCCAUGUGCCAUGGUCGUGCCAGACUUUGAGCUGAUCUGCGAAAUCAUGCUGGUCGCUGAAGGGUUUCAAGAGGCUAGACUUUUGGCCAGAAAGUUCAUCACUCUCUACUCACUGUGCAAGGAACUGCUUUCCAAACAGGACCAUUACGACUGGGGUCUACGUGCCAUCAAGUCUGUGCUUGUGGUUGCCGGAUCGCUCAAGAGAGGAGACAGACUAAGGCCGGAAGACCAAGUCUUGAUGAGAGCCUUGAGGGAUUUCAACAUCCCCAAGAUCGUGACGGACGACAUGACCAUAUUCAUGGGGUUGAUCGGAGACUUGUUCCCGGCCCUUGAUGUGCCUCGGAAACGAGACUUGGACUUUGAAAAACAAGUGCGCCAAGCAGCCAUCGAUCUUAAACUGCAGCCUGAGGACAAUUUUAUUUUGAAGGUUGUCCAACUUCAAGAACUGUUUGCUGUGAGACAUUCUGUGUUCAUCAUAGGCAACGCUGGUACUGGAAAAUCUCAAGUGUGGAAAACACUUUACCGCACUUAUUACAACCUGAAGCGGAAACCAUUCUAUAACGAUCUUGAACCAAAGGCAGUCACCAACGAUGAGUUGUUUGGCAUAAUCAAUCCAUCCACUCGAGAAUGGAAGGAUGGCCUGUUCUCUGUGCUGAUCCGAGAGCAGGCAAAUAUGGCUGGCGAUGGACCGAAAUGGAUGGUUCUUGAUGGUGACAUUGACCCCAUGUGGAUAGAAUCUCUGAACACUGUCAUGGACGAUAAUAAGGUGUUGACGUUGGCCAGCAACGAACGUAUCGCUCUCACUCCGUCUAUGCGACUCCUGUUUGAGAUCUCCAACUUGCGAACGGCAACUCCCGCGACUGUCUCUCGCGCUGGCAUCCUCUACAUCAAUCCCCAGGACUUAGGGUGGAACCCAUACGUCACCAGCUGGAUUGAGACGAGAGCGAACGACAACGAGAAGGCCACUUUGAUCGUGUUGUUUGACAAGUACAUUCCUCCGGUGUUGGAAGCGUCGAGGACCAAGUUCAAGAAGAUCACGCCCAUCCCGGAGAUUGCUCAUCUGCAGAUGUUGUGUACACUGUUGGAGUCUCUACUGACUCCGGCCAACGUACCUCCGGACUGUCCCAAGGAGUGGUAUGAGAUCUACUUUGUCUUCGCUUGUGUCUGGGCGUUCGGCUCGUGCACCUUCCAGGACCAGCUGGUUGACUGGCGUAGUGAGUUUACCAAGUGGUGGACCAAUGAGUUCAAGGCAGUUAAGUUCCCAUCGGCCGGGCACGUGUUCAACUACUUCAUCGACCCCGAGACCAAGAGGUUCCUUCCGUGGACGGAGAAAGUCGCAAAGUUUGAGUUGGACACUGAUAUCCCACUUCAGUCUACAUUGGUCAACACAGCUGAGACGACGAGAGUCCGCUACUUUGUCGACAUGUUGAUAGACAAGCGCAAACCUGUCAUGUUGGUGGGCGGAGCUGGCUCGGGCAAGUCUGUGCUCAUCAACGAGAAGCUCAACAGUUUGUCGGAAAAUUACGCCGUCACCAACGUGCCCUUCAAUUUCUACACCACUUCCGAAAUGCUACAGAAAGUGUUAGAGAAACCGCUGGAGAAGAAGGCCGGACGUAACUACGGACCUCCUGGUAGCAAGGUCAUGAUCUACUUCCUCGAUGAUAUGAAUAUGCCUGAGGUUGACAAGUACGGGACAGUGCAGCCGCACACUUUGAUCCGACAAUGGAUGGAUUAUCAACAUUGGUACGACAGGACCAAGCUCGCAUUGAAGGACAUUCACAAUAUCAUCUUCUUCUCGUGUAUGAACCCGACUGCGGGAAGUUUCACGAUCGACCCGAGGCUGCAGCGACACUUUUCUGUCUUUGCACUCAGUUUUCCCGGCCCGGAAGCUUUGUUCCAAAUCUACAACAGCAUCCUGCACCAGCACGUGUCCAACUCGUCGCUCAGGUUCCCGACAGCCGUGGUCAAGACUUGUGACCUCAUCACGCAGCUUGCUCUGGCCAUGCAUUCCAAGAUGUCCACCGUUUUCUUGCCGACGGCCGUCAAAUUUCAUUACACAUUCAAUUUGCGAGACCUGGCAAAUAUUUACCAGGGAAUGUUGUUCUGCAACAACGAAUGUAUCACGACUCCCGGCAGGUUCGUAAGACUUUGGAUGCACGAAGCAUCAAGAGUCUAUUGUGAUAAGCUUGUGGACCACAAGGAUCGCGACAUCUUCUCCAAACUCAUGACGGAGAACAUAAAAAAAGUGUUUGCUGAAAUGCCCGACGCGGAGUACAACGAGAAACCGCUGAUCUUCUGCCACUUUGUGGAUGGCCUCGGCGACCCCAAGUAUUUGCCGAUGCCGAGCUGGUCGACGCUCAACAAGCUGUUGUUGGAGGCCAUGGCGCAGUACAACGAUCUGGUUGGCGCCAUGAACCUAGUGCUGUUUGAAGACGCCAUGAGCCAUGUGUGCAGGAUCAACCGCAUCAUGGAGGCCCCGAGAGGCAACGCUCUACUGGUGGGGGUCGGAGGCAGCGGGAAACAGUCCUUGUCUCGUCUCUCCGCCUUCAUCUCCGGACUGGACCCGUUCCAGGUGCAACUGAAGAAGGGAUACAGCAUGAAUGAUCUAAAGAGUGACUUGGCAGGCUUGUAUAUCAAAGCGGGGCUGAAGAAUGUGAGCAUUAUGUUCCUGAUGACAGACUCGCAGGUGGCCGAUGAGAAGUUCCUGGUUCUGAUCAACGACAUGUUGGCGUCCGGAGAGAUUCCAGAGUUGUUCGGAGACGACGAAGUCGACAACAUCAUCAACGCCAUUGGCCCAGAGGUGAAAGGCGCUGGUAUCCAAGACACACGAGACAACUGUUGGAAGUACUUCAUCAACAAAGUGCGUCGUCUGAUCAAGGUGAUUCUCUGCUUCUCCCCCGUCGGCUCCACUUUGCGAGUCAGAGCACGCAAGUUCCCCGCCAUCGUCAACUGCACCUCCAUCGACUGGUUCAUGGAGUGGCCACAAGAAGCGCUGGAGUCUGUCUCCGGAAGGUUCCUGGCGGAGGUGGACGUACUUCCGUCUCAGAUACGUAAGUCGGUGUCGUUGUUCAUGGCCUACGUCCACACUAGCGUCAACACCAUGUCCAAGGUCUACCUGGAUAACGAGCGGAGAUACAAUUACACGACGCCAAAAUCAUUCUUGGAGCAGAUCCAUCUCUACUCCAAACUGCUCAAGUUCACUCUCAAAGACUGUUUAGCCAAGUCAAGGAGAUUGCAGAACGGACUGAAGAAACUUGUCGGGUGUUCUGAUCAGGUGGCCAGCUUAAAGACCCAGCUGGCUGAACAGGAAAAAAUCAUUCAAGAAAAAACUAAAGCAGCCACAGAACUGAUCAAAAUCGUUGGAAAAGAACAAGACAAAGUAGCCAAGGAGAAGAUCAAAGUUGCGGAAGAAGAGAGAAAAGUGAAGAUUAUGGAGGAGGAUAUCAUGGUGAAACAAAAACUGUGUGAAGAAGAUUUGGAGAAAGCAGAACCGGCCCUCCAGGCAGCCAUGGCAGCAUUGAACACCUUAAAUAAAAACAACUUGACAGAGCUGAAGUCGUUUGGCGCGCCGCCGUCAGCCGUUGUCAAGAUCUGCGAGGCCGUGAUGGUGUUGUUUUGUAAAGGAAAACUGCCCAAAGACAGGAGCUGGAAAGCCUGCAAGGUGAUGAUGGGAGCUCUAGACAAGUUCCUGCACAACCUGGUCAACUACGACAAAGAGAACAUUCAUCCUGACAUCAUCAAGGAGUUACUGGCCAAGUAUAUCAAGGACCCCGAGUUUGAUCCUGACUUUGUGUCUGCUAAAUCGUCUGCAGCUGCUGGCUUGUGCAGUUGGGUCAUCAACAUCUACGCGUUUCACCAAGUGUGGAUGGUGGUGUUGCCGAAGAGGGUCGCACUGGCACAGGCCAAUCAGGAUCUUGCAGCGGCGCGAGCCAAGCUGGCCGAGCUUAAAGCCAAACUGCUGGAGUUAGAAAUCCAGCUGGGAAUACUCACGAAAAAAUUUGAAGAUGCAGUUGCGGACAAGUUGAAAUGUGAAACCGAAGCUGAAAAAACCGCUGAGACGAUCGAUCUGGCCAACAGACUCGUCAACGGGCUGGCCUCAGAGAAUCAGAGAUGGAAGGACACCGUUGAGAAUCUACAGAAACAGUCACAGACUCUGCCAGGAGACAUGUUGUUAGUGACAGCUUUUAUCUCCUAUGUUGGCUGCUUCACUCGCAAAUAUCGGCUCGACCUAAUGAACAAGUAUUGGAAACCUUUCAUUGAAAAAGUCAAGCCGGUCAUCCCACUAUCUGGAGACCUGGACCCUCUGAGUCUACUGACCGACGAAGCACAGAUUGCGCAAUGGCAGAACUUUGGCUUGCCCAGCGACCGGAUGUCAUCUGAGAACGCAACCAUCCUCACAAACUCGGAACGUUGGCCGCUGAUGAUAGACCCUCAGCUUCAAGGCAUCAAGUGGAUCAAAGCUAUGUACGGCAGCAAGCUCGGCGUGAUCCGGCUGGGUCAGAAGAACUACCUCGACCGUAUUGAGAAGGCGUUGUCUGACGGCUCGGCCAUCCUCAUAGAGAACAUCGGAGAAACUGUGGAUCCCGUGUUGGACUCCCUGUUGGGACGCAACCUCAUCAAGAAGGGCAAAGUCGUCAAGAUCGGAGACAAGGAGAUGGACUUCAACCCGAAGUUCCGUCUGAUACUUCACACAAAGCUGGCUAAUCCGCACUACAAGCCUGAGAUGCAAGCGCAGACGACGCUCAUUAACUUCACAGUCACCAAGGACGGGCUGGAGGAACAGCUGUUGGGCGAGGUGGUCAAGGCAGAAAGGCCAGAUCUGGAGUCCCUCAAGGCCGAUUUGACGAAGCAGCAGAACGUUUUCAAGAUAACCCUGAAACAGCUGGAGGACGAUCUCCUGAUGCGACUGUCCUCGGCCGGACCUGAUAUCCUCGGCGACAAGGAACUUGUGUUGAAUCUGGAGAAGACGAAGAGGACUUCGGACGAGAUCACGGUUAAGGUUGCUGAGGCCAAAGUAACGUCUGCGAAGAUUGACGAAGCUCGUGAGAUGUACCGAGCAGCCGCUACUAGAGCUUCUAUACUGUACUUCAUAUUGAACGAUCUCUACAAGAUCAACCCUAUCUAUCAGUUUUCACUCAAGGCAUUCAGCGUAGUGUUUCAAAAAGCUAUAGCGAAGGCUGAUCCUUCCGAAAGUCUUCAGCAAAGAGUCGCAAAUCUUGUUGAUUUCAUUACGUUCUUUGUGUUUAUGUACACGAGUCGUGGACUGUUUGAGUGUGACAAACUCAUAUUUCUUGCCCAAAUGGCCAUUCAGAUUUUACUGGCGAGUCGAGAAAUAUCGCCGGAAGAACUUGAUUUUCUCUUGCGGUUUCCCUUUGUACCCAAUCUAACGAGUCCCGUAGACUUCCUGACCAAUAACUUGUGGGGCGGAAUAAAAGCACUUGCUAACAUGGACGUUUUCAGGAACUUGGACAAGGACAUCGAAGGGUCCCAGAAGAGGUGGAAGAAAUUCAUCGAAGGCGAAUGUCCGGAAAGGGAUAAGUUCCCUCAGGAUUGGAAAAACAAAUCCGCCUUGCAGAGACUGUGUAUGAUGAGAUCGAUGAGACCAGACAGAAUGACUUACGCUGUCAGGUGUUUCAUUGAGGAGAAGCUCGGCACAAAGUACGUAGAAGCGAGAACUGUGGACUUUGCCAAGUCCUUUGAAGAGACCAGCUCCACAGUGCCUGUGUUCUUCAUACUCUCCCCCGGCGUCGACCCUACGAGGGACGUGGAGAGUAUUGGCAAGAAGCUGGGAUUCACAACGGAGAGACGCAACUUCCACAACGUGUCACUAGGUCAGGGCCAGGAGGUGGUGGCGGAACAAGCGAUGGAGACGAGCGCUCACUACGGCCACUGGGUCAUAUUGCAGAACAUUCAUCUGGUCAAGAACUGGCUGCCCACGCUUGAGAAGAAGAUGGAAUCGUGCUUUGAAAAUCCGCAUCAAGACUUCCGUCUGUUCAUCAGCGCUGAGCCGGCUCCUAGUGCAGAGUUUCAUAUAAUUCCUCAGGGAGUUUUAGAAUCGUCAAUCAAGAUAACCAACGAGCCGCCGACCGGAAUGAUAGCCAAUCUUCACAAAGCCUUGGACAACUUCAACCAAGACACUCUGGAGAUAUGUUCUAAAGAAGCGGAGUUCAAGGCUAUCCUCUUCUCGCUUUGUUACUUCCACGCCGUCGUUGCGGAGCGCAGGAAGUUUGGGGCACAGGGAUGGAAUCGCACGUACCCCUUUAAUGUCGGUGAUCUGACCAUCAGCGUGCAUGUGCUGUACAACUACCUGGAGAACAGCUCUAAGAUCCCGUGGGAAGACCUGAGGUACCUGUUUGGAGAGAUCAUGUACGGAGGACACAUCACUGACGACUGGGACAGACGACUGUGUCGCACAUAUCUGCAGGAGUAUCUGUCCCCUGAACUGGUGGAGGGAGAUUCGUUCCUGGCCCCCGGGUUCCAGGCACCUCCAAACCUCGACUAUCAAGGCUACCACAACUACAUCGACGACAUGUUGCCUCCCGAGAGCCCAACGCUGUACGGGCUCCACGCCAACGCCGAGAUCGGGUUCCUCACAAUGCUUUCAGACAAUCUGUUCAAGACCAUCUUUGAGCUUCAACCUAGAGAGGCCGGGGCGUCCGCCAGUGGAGGCAUCAGUCGGGAGGACAAGGUGAAACUGAUUGUGGAUGAGAUCGGAGACAAGAUUCCCGACCCUUUCAACAUCGUAGACAUGAUGGCUCGUGUAGAGGAACGAACGCCGUACAUCAUCGUUGCGUUCCAGGAGUGUGAACGGAUGAACAACUUGAUGGGGGAGAUUCGCAGGUCUCUCAAGGAGCUCAGUCUAGGCUUGAAGGGAGAGCUCACCAUCACCGGCGAGAUGGAAGUGUUGGAGGCUGCGUUGUUCCUAGACAACGUGCCCGAGGGCUGGACCAAGCUGGCCUACCCUUCACUUCUGGGACUUAGCGCUUGGUUCGCCGAUCUGAUGAUACGGCUGCGAGAACUCGAGAAUUGGGUUGGUGACUUCAAUUUACCGUCGUCUGUGUGGCUGGCCGGUUUCUUCAACCCGCAGUCAUUCCUGACGGCCAUCAUGCAGAGUACGGCUCGCAAGAACGAGUGGCCGCUGGACAAAAUGUGUCUACAGUGUGAUGUCACUAAGAAGCAGAAGGAGGAGUUCACCGCGGCGCCGCGCGAAGGCGCUUACAUCAACGGACUGUUCAUGGAAGGCGCUCGAUGGGACAUCGACUUUGGCUGCAUCGCCCCUUCUAAGCUAAAGGAUUUGUUUCCCAUGAUGCCUGUGGUGUUCAUCAAGGCAAUCACACAGGACAAACAAGAGACGAGGAACGUUUACGAGUGCCCCGUCUACAAGACGAGGCAGCGCGGGCCGACGUACGUCUGGACCUUUAACUUGAAAACUAAAGAGAAAGCGUCUAAAUGGACCUUGGCUGGAGUGGCUAUAUUGUUGUCCGUCUAAGGCUUUGAAGCUUCAUGUUGAAUGAGACGGAAAGUGUUGUUCAGAGUUGUUAGUUUGUUGUAGUUAAUUAAAAGUUUAAAUUGAAA